GUACCUAAGGAAGAUCUUGAUGUUGUUUGGCGUGUAUCGGAUGAUGCUUAGUGUUACAUCUAGCGGAGGAUUCUGUCCUUUCCAGCGGGAGUAGGCGACUCUCCACGUCGUUUCAGGAGGACCAGACGUCGGGUAGCCUACCUGUCCUCAAAGACCCCGCCACCAUGGAUUUCUCCUUCAUGGCAACGCAGAUUCCGGUGAUGACAGGUGCCUUCAUGGACUCGUCUCUCAACGAUGACUACAGCACAGAUCACUCUCUGUUCAACUCGUCCGCCAGCGUCCACGCUGCCUCCAUGGUAGCUCACAGUCAGCCUGAGGAGUCCCAGUCCAUGUCCGGGGACGCCAUUUGGCUCUGGAUUGCCAUCACCGCCACCAUUGGGAACAUUGUAGUUGUGGGUGUCGUGUAUGCAUUCACAUUCUGAGAGUAACUAUCUGAGCCAGGAUGUUUGAGAGAACACCAGAUAUAGUUUAUAACUAGCUAUGAACAGUGGUGGGCUGCACUUUCUGUCGAGUGGACUGACUCAUGACUCAUCAGAUGGAAUUUCAUUUAGUCACUAAAGGAUAUAUCAGCAAAAUUACCCAGCAGUCAUCAGCUGCAAAGCACCAGAGUCAUAAUGAACUUCUGCCAGUAAAGUCAUUGUGAGGGUAAAGCCCUGUGAGGCAAAUUGUGAUUUGUGAUAUUGGACUUUAUAAAUAAAAUUGAAUUGAACUGAAGUGUGGAAGAGUGGGAAUAGUGGUAAUAGCGGACAUAAUAUACAAAUGUCUUCUUUCUUCAAUGUGUUUUGUGCUUCAAAGUAUUUUUUUUCUUUAAUGUCAUAUGUAUAUUUGCUUACAGUAUAUUGUUCUUUGCAGGUACAGGGU